AUGGCUUCACCAGAAAACACAAACAACAACAUUCUUGAAGAAGAAAAUGAGCCACAAGAUGUUGAAAUGUUGUGUGACUCAUCUUCUUCUUCUGAUACUGAUUAUGAUGGGAUUACUGAUGCUGAUGUUAUGCUUAGCGACUUGGAAGAGACAGAAAAUAAGGAUGGUACUAUUAAGAAACCUUAUGAAGUCUUGAGCCAAGCUGAAAUUCAUGAACGUCAAGAAGUUGCCAUCGCGAGUAUUUGUGACAUACUUUCGAUUCCAAGGGCUGAAGCUGCUAUCCUGCUGCUUUAUUAUAGCUGGAAUGUUGGCAUUAUACCUGAUAAAUGGUUUUCAGAUGGGCAGAAGAUCCGUGAUAAACUUGGUCUUAUAGACGUUUCCUUUGAUGGAGCUGGAUCAUCUAAUACAAAGGAUCUUACUUGUGGGAUUUGCUUGGGAAAAUUUCCUCCGGAGCUGGUUGCUGGUCCUGCUUGUGGGCAUUUAUUCUGCAAUACUUGUUGGGCAGGAUAUUUUGAGAAGUCACUCAAAGACCCUGCGCCACCCCUAUUGUUACGAUGUCCUGAUACUUCUUGUGGAGCUGCCGUUGGUCAAGAUAUGAUUAACAUGCUGGCUUCUAAAGAUGACAAGGAGAAAUAUGCGCAUGCAUUUAUGAAAUCCUAUAUCGAUUACAACUUAAAGGCCAAUUGGUGUCCCCGUCUUGGAUGUAAGCAUGCAUUGAUUCUUCUUAUUGGUGAUAACCUCCCCAAGGUGACUUGUAAGUGCACCCAUACCUUCUGCUGGAAGUGUUCCAAGGAAGCUCACCAGCCAAUUGCCUGUUCAACUUAUUGUAACUGGACUAUGGAAUGCGUCGUGCAGAGUGAAAACUUUAAGUCAAUCACAAACAUGAAUGGGUGCCCAAGCUGCUGGUAUUCCUUUGAAAUGUCUGGAUCUCAUAAGCGUAUGCAAUGCCCAUCGUGUGAAUAUCACUUUUGCAAGCUGUGCCGUGCAUCUUGGCUGGGUAAUGGUUCAUGGAAUGGUGACGAGUUCAAACACACAUGCUCUAAGGGGAAAGAGAAAGUAGAGAAUGAUGAUAGAGAAGAGAAAGCACGGAUAGCCCAGGAUAGCCUUAAAAAGUAUAGUAAUAGCUACAAUCAUUGGAUGGCUACUGAAAUGCACUUAGAAGCGGCUAGGCAAGAGCUUUAUAAGCUAAAAAAUGGCCAGCUCAAAGCAAUAGCUGAAAAAGCCGGCCUAACUGAAGCAGAACUUAGCUUUUAUACUGAUGCAUGGAUGCAGAUUGCAGAUUGCAAGCGAGUCAUUAAGUGGACUCAUGUUGCUGAGUACUACAUACCACCCUUUGAAACGAACAGAAGAAACCUCAUACAGUUUAUUAUGAGGCAUGCUGAAUUUGUUGUGGUACAGCUUUAUCAGGUUGAAGCUCAGCUGACAACAGUUCUCAAUAUGGAAAAACUGCCACCUCAGUUCUCAGAGUUUCGUGAUCGCCUGUGUCUGAAGACAGGUGUGGCUCGAAACUACUUUGACAACAUGGUGUGGAUCAUAGAGAACAGGAUUAAGGAUCUGAAGACUCUUCGCGAUGUGAUGGGCAUCAAGAGUCUGGAACAAGGAAUUAUUACUACUACAGCUGCUAGUAUUGAAGAGACUCCUGAACAGCCAGUCAACAAGAAUUGUGAGCAUUGUCAGUUUCCGAAGAAUGGUCCUGUUGGUUUCCUUUGUGAUAUGUGCUAUCAUUAGAUCUAUUUCUCUUUUGUGUGGGCAAAACAAUUAUAUGGCCAAAUCUUUCUUUAAUUUGCUAGGAAUUGUGAUGAUUUCAUACCAUAAUUCCUAGAAGAAUAAUUUCUGUAAGACUAUUUAUGUGUUGGUGAAUUGCAACAAGACUGGGUUGCAAGUUUGGAAACUUCAUUAUUAUCUUUGAUAUUGUGGAAGCUA